GACCACUCGGAGCGUCGUAGCGAGAGAGAUGGGAAACCUGUGUGUAGUGGCAGGAGUUUGAGUGGUGCAAACCCUAAAGAGAUCGUUGUUUCUUUGUCUGUUUCUGUUUGCUGUCAAAAUUAGAGAGAUCCCAGCCAGGGAAUGCAGAGAGAUGAGAAGAUCUCCGGUUUCUAACCCUCAAAUCAGCGGCGGGAGGGCCAAGAAACCGCUCACCAGCGGCCGUAACUGCCACCGGAAGCACGUCGAGGACGGGUGAAACCAUCAUCGCCGCCUGCUCCAUAACCGUUAUUUAUAUCUGUUUUAUCUUUUUAACUAAAGCAUUAGGAGAAGCUCUGUAAAAUCUUACUCUCUUUGAGAAAUUUAAGGCUAUGGGAUCCGAAGAAAAAUGCGGUGUGCUGCAUGGAAAGUAUGAAUUGGGGCGGAUCCUGGGCCACGGGACGUUCGCGAAGGUGUACCAUGCGAGGAAUCUGCAGACGAACAAGAGCGUGGCGAUGAAAGUGGUGGGCAAGGAGAAGGUGAUUCGCGUUGGGAUGAUGGAGCAAGUUAAGCGGGAGAUCUCCGUAAUGAAAAUGGUGCACCACCCCAACAUCGUCGAGCUCCACGAGGUCAUGGCCAGCAAGACCAAAAUCUACUUCGCUAUGGAAUUUGUCCGUGGCGGCGAACUGUUUGCUAAAAUUGCCAAGGGCCGUUUGCGUGAAGAACCAGCUCGGAAUUACUUUCAGCAACUAAUCUCGGCCAUUGAUUUCUGCCACAGUCGUGGUGUUUACCAUCGUGAUCUGAAGCCCGAGAACCUGCUCCUCGAUGAGGAGGGGAAUCUCAAGGUCACGGAUUUCGGGCUGAGUGCCUUUUCCGACCAUGUCAGCCAGGAUGGUUUGCUGCACACGACUUGCGGGACGCCGGCCUAUGUCGCACCCGAGGUGAUUGGGAAAAAAGGCUAUGAUGGGGCGAAGGCCGAUAUUUGGUCCUGUGGCGUGAUUCUCUACGUGCUGUUGGCGGGAUUUUUGCCUUUCCAGGAUGAAAACAUUAUGUCUAUGUAUCGAAAGAUUUACAGGGGAGAUUUCAAAUGCCCGCCGUGGUUUUCCCCUGAAGCCCGGAAACUGAUCACCAAGAUGCUGGAUCCCAAUCCGAGCACGAGGAUAAGCAUAGCGAAGAUCAUGGACUCGCCGUGGUUCAAAAAAUCAAUGCCUAGGUGUUUGAGCACUAAGGAAGAGCCGGAAUUUGGAAAGGGAGAGGAAACAAAGACUUUGAAUGCUUUUCAUAUCAUUUCAUUGUCCGAAGGAUUUGAUCUGUCUCCACUGUUUGAGGAGAAGAAGCGGGUGGAAAAAGGAGAAUUGAGAUUCGCCACCACAAGGCCUGCAAGUAGCGUCAUUUCCAAGAUUGAGGAAGUGGCGAAGACAAAGAAUUUCAGCGUGAAGAAGAGUGAUUCAUGCGUUAGGCUGCAGGGGCAAGAGAGUGGGAGGAAAGGGAAGCUGGGUAUAGCUGCCGACAUAUUCGCCGUGACACCGUCCUUCCUGGUGGUGGAGGUGAAGAAGUCUAGCGGAGAUACUCUUGAGUAUAAUCAAUUCUGCAGCAAAGAGCUUAGACCCGCGCUUAAAGACAUUGAAUGGACCUCAACAAGUGGGAAUUCAACGCUUGCUUGAAGUGUUCGAAGAAAGUUCCCAACACAAAUAAUCCCAGGUGGGUAGAUCUGGGAAUAUGCGUGGAUUCCAUUUCCAAACAGUUGGUUUCCUUAUUCUUAAAUUGUAUUGUAAUUCAAGAGACCUAAUGUUAGAGUCUCUGAUUUGUGAUUUGUUGCCAUUUCGAUUGCUCCCGUGUUGUGUGUUUGAAUAUUCUGUGACACCCAUUAAGGUGUCGUCGGUUGUUUCAGGUGUGUCUCUCUGUAAAUGAUCUCUCUGUGAUUCAGAGUUCAGGUGCAAGUGGGUAGUUGCUCUUGGUGCGAAUGGGGAUCAUUCAUCGUUCUACUCUUCUCUUACUGCUAUCAGCUUAUUGGAUUAUUGCACUUUAGCUUCUAA